ACCGCCGUCUCUCCGAUCCAUUGUAUCCUCUGUCUUCGCCAACCGACGCAAUCGUGAAGAGCCAGGCUUGCUCGCUACCACCGCGGCGGCGUCGAUGGGCGACCACUACGAGACGCUAGGGCUCGGCCGCAACGCCAGCAAGGCCGACGUCAAGGCCGCCUUCCUCCGCCUCGCCCACCGCUACCACCCCGACCACCACGCCGACGCAGACGCCGCGGCCCGGGCCGAAGCCGACCGCCGCUUCCGCCAGGUCAAAGAAGCCUACGAUGUGCUGUACGACCAACGCCGCCGCGCCGCGUAUGAUUCCUCGUUCCGCUCCUCCUCCUCCUCCUCCUCGGGUUCGAGUAAGGGUGGCCACGGGCAACGUCACGGCGCGAACUCUUCCUCGUCGUCAUCGUCCUCGUCUUCGGGUAAACACGGGAACCGGCACGGAGGUGGUACUUCAGGCUCAUCUUCCUCCUCCUCGUCGUCUUCGAAUGACCACGGGAACCGACACAAAGGUGGUGGCACGUCAGGCUCAGGCUCAUCCUCCUCGUCUUCGAGUGACCAACACAAAGGUGGCACCUCAGGCUCAUCGUCCUCGUCGUCUUCAAGUGACCACGGGAACAACCACAGAGGUGGCACCUCAGGCUCAGGCUCAGGCUCAGGCUCAGGCUCAUCCUCCUCGUCGUCGUCUUCAGGCGACCACGCGAAUCGGCCGGGAGGUGGCACCUCCGCCUCCUCCUCGUCUGCGAAUGACCACGGGCACCGUCGCGGACACAGCGGCACCACCUCCUCGGGUUACAGGGGCCCUCUUCGGCCGAGAGGCGGACCUAAAGUCCAUAACGUGAUCUUCGGCGCAAUUUUAGGUAUUUCUAUGAUCGGAGGAACUGCAAUGGCAAAGGAAAGCUGGGAGCGACAUCCGGAUAGGAUAGAACAAGAAUUGGAAAUGGUGAAGAUAGAGUUCUGGACGAGGAAGAGGCAGUUAGAAAAUAUGAAACGAAAGUGGGAAAAGAACAAUCCCUUGAAACCAUGGAUGGAGUCGAGAGAGAAGGAGAUAAGGACAGAGUUUCAGAUAAGGAAGCAACAGUGGGAAAAUAUGAAACAAGAAUGGGAAAAGAACUAUCCUUGGGUAAAGAACAAUCCCUGGAAAUCAAGGAUGGAGCCGAGAGAGGAGGAGGAAAAGAAGAACUGGUGGACGGACAUCAUCUUUAGAUCUUGAUUUCAGGCAUACAGCUAGUACACUUCAGAGUCUCCAUGUCUUUCCUAUGGUAGCAGGCGUUCAUGUUAUUUAACUUUUUUGAGGGAACCUGGGGAGAUUUCUCCCUACUUAUAUUUUUAUAAAUAUAAACUAGA